CAGACGGGAAGCCUCGCACGAACAAAUGGCGUCCCUCCAGUGGAGGAGCAGCUGAUUUCCAACGGAGCACGGCAGCGCGAACGGCGGAGAGGUAAACACGCCGCCCCCGGAUGUCUUUGCUGUGAGAUACGCCUCUUGCGUUUCGCAGGACGUUGCGCACUCGCCAGUAAUCGAGAUCGGACCGCUGGUCCGGUGUGCAAACAAACCUACUAUCAAGCAAAAACAGAUUCUGGAGCGUGUCAGCUGUGCGCUUCCCUCUGAUCUGGCUUAUUUAUCUACGCUGUUUUUCUUUUUUGUCGCCGAUGGUUGUCGGUGUUAGUGUCUCGCCAGGGCCUGAUCUCACGCGCUGUAGGCGACAGUAGCGGGUCAAAUGUUUCCACCCCGACGUUGGAGGGACACAUAAUGAACAUGGGCAUCACCCCUUCAGAGAUAUUCUCCUCCUCCUCCUCCUCCGCCUGACUGGUUGGCCGCCUCUUCGCUAAUCCAAUUCAGGAGAUCAUCGUUCCAACCUUUUUCCUGAGGAUACACCAUCAAGACGGCGUUAUCGCAGAAAGCCAGCUCUGUGGCGCUGAAGAUGACCACAGCACGGUACCGUCCCACCUGGGAGCUGGCCGUGGACCCCCUGGUCUCGUGUAAGCUGUGCCUUGGAGAGUUCCCUCUGGAGCAGAUGACCACCAUCACACAGUGCCAAUGUGUCUUCUGUACACUGUGCCUGAAGCAGUAUGUGGAACUCCUGAUUAAAGAAGGCCUUGAAACUGCAAUUAGCUGUCCAGACUCUGUCUGUCCCAAAAGAGGACACUUGCAGGAAAAUGAGAUUGAGUGCAUGGUGGCCACGGAGAUGAUGCAGAGAUACAAGAAGCUUCAGUUUGAAAGGGAGGUGCUGCUGGACCCAUGCCGGACGUGGUGCCCUUCCUCGACCUGCCAGGCCGUGUGCCAACUAAAGGAAGCAGACUCUCCUGCGCUGCCCCAGCUGGUCCAGUGCGCCGUCUGUGCCCUCGAGUUCUGCUCGGCCUGCAAGGCCAACUGGCACCCCGGACAGGCCUGCCAGGAGAACAACCUGCCCAUUACCUCCUUCCUGCCAGGAGAAAACAGCUCUUUCUAUAAGAAUGAAGAGGAUGACGCGCCAAUCAAGCGCUGUCCUAAAUGUAAAGUUUACAUCGAGAGGGACGAAGGCUGUGCUCAGAUGAUGUGCAAGAACUGCAAACACGCCUUCUGCUGGUACUGUCUGGAGUCCCUGGAUGACGACUUCCUCCUGAUCCACUAUGACAAAGGGCCCUGUCGGAACAAACUGGGCCACUCCAGAGCGUCUGUUAUCUGGCACAGAACACAGGUUGUGGGGAUCUUCGCUGGCUUCGGGCUGCUCCUGCUGGUUGCCUCCCCCUUCCUCCUUCUGGCCACUCCCAUUGUCCUCUGCUGCAAGUGCAAGUGCAGCAAAGGUGACGACGAUCCAUUGCCAACCUAAACACGCCAUCAAAGCUGGAACGGAGAGCCGCUUCAUGGAUGGGCCAUGUUUUAUUUCCUUUUCACCCCUUUACAUUCUUCUCCUCCCACCAGCUUUAAGUGCUUAAUUUUUUUUUUUGGGGGGGGGGGGGGGGGGGCCCGCAAAAUCGCUCUGCAGGAGGGAGGCAUGGUAAAAAAAAAAAAAGCGACCCUACACCUUGGCCUGAAGAGAGGUACAGGGUCACAGGUCAGAGGAGGUCAGAUGUUAGUGGUUUCGGGACGUGGAGGAAGUGUGGGCCACUUCAAGUGGUCCUUCGUUGUGGGUUACCGUGGUGUGGUAUUUACUACAAACAAAGGAAGACUCCAAGUCAAGAAACGCUUUUCUCUUGUAUGGACAAUACAAUGCAGGAGCCACUUUAAAAAUAACUUUUACUUUAUCGCUCUGUUUUGUCGUAGGCAACAAAAGCUUUUUCCCCCGCCACCACACUCAAUGUAGCUCUACGGAUUCAGUCAGUAGCAUUAGAGUUACGCCACGCAUGUUUGGUGUUCACUCGAUUUGCACACGGAACGUGAUUUUCAGAUCAUGUUCAUGACUGAGGUGAAGAUGGGAGGCUGUUGUCACUCCCGCCUCAAUGUAUAGCACGUCCUCUUGAUGAUGUCAAUGUUUUAUAACCUGUUGCUUUAAAUAGAACUGUGCUCAGAGUAGUGUCUGUGUUGUAUUUUGAGUGUUUUCCAAACGGUAAGUUACAGUUAUUAAAGGGGAUUGCCACUCAAAUCUAAAAACACACAAAUUAUCUGUGGUUAAGUGACAAUGAAGACUAGUUUUGUUCAAUUUUCACCCCAUGUUUUUCAUUACCAUCUCCGAAUUUACUUUCUUUGACACACCUUCGGACAUUUUACAUCUUCAAGAGAGACAUUUGUUUCCGAAAGAUGUCACACAGAUUUCUAAGAUCCAGAGAUUUCCCAAAUUGAGUGGUACUCCCCUUUAAGUUCAACAUUAAUUUAUAGUCUACUUGGGGACUUUGUAUCCACAUGUUGUGAAACCAUUUUAAUACACUAAAAGAGAUGUCACUCCUGUAAUUCUCAGUCCCCCAGGUGGUGGUUUAACCAAAUAGAUAUGAAUAGCCUUACAUUGAGAAUAGCCUAAAUCAGGCAUUCCCCCUGUGCAUUAACAAGAGUUAAAGUCAAAAUAAUCCCAGGGAAAGCAUGUUGUCAGUGAAGCCCUUUAUAUUCAGAUGAUUCUAUGAUGUCAUCCAUAUGCCAUGCUGUUAAUAACCAUAUUGUAAAAAGGAAGAAAAAA